GCAGACUGCAAGAUUUUAUUACUCAAGGCUACCUUGUCUUGCUUGAUUGUCUCUACCUUACCCACUACAACCUAAACCAGGUCGUCUCCGGGAAAGUCUUGAUUUACCCAUUUAUGCUUGAAAUCACUUCAGACACACGGUCGCACAUCGUUCUCUAGCAAUGUUGACGCCGCCCCAAUGGGAUACAUGCGCAACAGACGUCAUCUGCAUUUAGCCAGAAUGGCAGAAGCAGAUUAUCAUCUUGGCUUGUGCCAGAACACGGAGAGCCUCAUCCGUCGUGGCGAUCAUGUCCUAUACGGCCGAGGACCCGUGGCAUCUUUGUGUGCAAAUGAAUAUGGCAAGUUGACAACUUGACGGAGUUGUACUCAAACACAUCAUGAGAAUUUGUAUAAUCACCCACGGUCAAAAUGCAGCCCUCAAUAGCGUCAAUCUUGGCCUUCCUCAUCGUGUCUGCAAACGCAGAAUGUCAGAAGACGAGUCCUCUGGAUGCUGUGCAAGAGACAACAUGUGGCGUCCAUUUGUUUGAUCAAGACUCGAAAUGGCAGGGCCCUGAAAGCUGCUUGGGCGAAUACUGCAUCUACUGGAACAGUGAAUUCAACAAUGGAAUGGGCAUCGCCGCCGUGACCACCGCAGAACACGCUCAAUCAAUCGCCAAGUUUACCGAGGAGAUGCAGCUGCUACAAGAUGACCCGCCCUAUUUCAAGGCCGAUAUCCCAGGCAAGGGCAAGGGCGUCAUCGCGAAGCGCAAGAUUGCACUCGGAGAGACCAUCAUGAUCCUACCGCCGACCCUGCUCGUUAGUGACGCGGCAUAUCAGGCCUUUGGUGGUGCGAGAAAGGCCAAGGGGAAUGCACUGUACUCCAAAGCUUUGGAAAAGGUGUCUGCCACGGCGCGCGAGGAAUUCCAGGGGCUUCAUGGUCUCGACGCCGCGAUGAAGCUCGACAAGAACGGCUUCACCGUAUAUGUCGGCUACACCGAGGAAAGCCAACACCUAGGAGUUUAUGCCCAAGCAGCGGCCAUCAACCAUGACUGUCGACCAAGCAUCAAUUACCGUCUCAAUGACAUCACUCAAACCACUACUGCUGUUCGCGAGAUACAGCCCGGCGAAGAGCUCAGCGUCAGCUACGUGGAUCUCAUGCUUCCACACAAGCAGCGACGCCAGCGCCUGCGCGACUGGGGCUUUGACUGCAAGUGCAGUAAAUGCACCGCAUCUGCAGCCGCCAUCGCCCGCUCCGACGAAAAUCUCAGCAUGAUACAAUUCCUUGAGAGCGCACUGGACAGCCCCAACAGCACAGUAACAGGCGCUACAGGAGAACAGCUGGUUGCCCUGUACGAGGAGGAACGUCUGGACAUUUACCUCGGGCCUACUUAUACGCGCGCGGCGCUCAAUUAUGGGCUCUUUGGAGAAAAGGAAAAGGCGGUUGAGUACGCCAAAAAGGCUAUCGCAGCCCUCGAGCGGCAGUAUGGGCCAUAUGCGGCGGAUAUCCCGUCGAUGCAGGCAUUGCGGGAUGAGCCGGAGAAGCACUGGAGCUGGGGGUUGAGAAAGUUGCCGUCGCUCAAAAUCCCGAUUCCAGAUGACAUUCCGAAACCGCCCAUGAAGGAGUUGUAGAUGUAUGAGAUGAGGACAAGUCAGGCAGCCAAGUCGCAUCAGGCCAUUGGCGCUAGAACUCAUCAACACCACAACAGGCAGCAUUACAGGCGGAAGAUGGGAUAAAUGGAGCUUGUGUAAACUCUGACGCAAUAUUUACCAAUUAAGUAGGUUACCAAUUAACUAGGUACUCUUUAGCAGGCAACCGCCGGCCACAAAAGAUUUUGAUACAAGUAUAC